AUGGAGAGUGCCAGUGUUGAGCCUGUGCUUUCGGGCCGCAGACCUGUUGACCAAUCCACAACGGAUACAGUCGCCAAGAACCGUAAAAGCCGUCAAGAACUGAUGCUCAAGCUAACGGAAGGACAGAACGUCUUGUGCUGUUGGACUGAUGGGCUCUAUUACCUUGGGAAGAUAAAGAGGGUAAAGAAAGUGGUUUUUUUAAAAAAAAAAUCACUUCCUUAUUGGAAAAAAAUAAAUCAUUUUCCUUAGACAAAGAAUGCUGGGUCCUAUUCUCAUGGAGGGUAACAAAACAUCAUUUAUGCUCUUGGGAACAUUAGGAAGAUAUUCACUUUUUAUUCAUAUUCUUCACAGAGUAUGUGCAAAUCAAAUCAAAUCAAAUGUAAGCACCUUAUAUUGCUGUUGAUUUCAAUGAGAGGUUGAGAACACGUCAGUCAUAGUCCCGCUGAAAUUUCAGAGCAAAGUGAGGCAGUGAGGAGAGGGUGGCAAGCCAAUGUAAUAAUGAAGUGAGUGGGGUGCUGUGGGAUAUCAGUUUUCUGCCCUCCAUGCCCACCAGCUGAAGUAAUUGUUUCAUUCCACCUCAGUAUUGUACCAGUCUUGCUUGUGUUAAUAGCUUGUGUGAACCAUUGGUUCCUAAUAGUUUUUCUCUCUCUGCCCCCUGGUUUCCAUAUUUGCAGGUGAGUGGUUCCAAACAGAGUUGCCUGAUGACCUUUGAAGACAACUCCAAAUACUGGGUGCUUUGGAAAGACAUCCAGCACGGUGAGUGAGUCUGCAGUCUUCUCUGGGACUUCCGCAUGGGCCCAGCCUACAUGCUGGUGGUAGUGGAGGGGGAUCCUGAAGUGUGGGAGCAGAAUGUACCAUGUUAAAUUUCAGGGGUAGGUGGGUGCCAUUUUGAAACACACAAUGAGACUUCCUGAAACAAAUGGCUCUACUGUACAGCUUCUCCCUGAUGUGUUAGGUUUGAAGGAUCAUAGUGUUUGAGAGAUACCAGGGUCCAUGCCCAAUGCCCUGGAAUGGCCAAGAGAAUCCAGACACCCACCCACCCUUCAUUGUCAGCAAAACAGGAUGUUUAUUUAGGUGUUCCAAGGCUGGUGUGACACAACUGACGCAAUCAGCAAACAGGGAGAGAGUGGGUAGCACACCAAAUAUGAAAACACCACUUACAAGCAACCGGGCAGUAAUGUCCAUGUAUAGCAUUACUUUCACCUUCAGCUAAAUUCUAAUAGUUUUUCUGUGAGUCAUAACAUUAAGCUUCUAGCUUCCUUAUCUCUUGCCCGACCACAGCUUCUAAUAACAAUCCUUUACUUACGUCCUGCUCUGUCUUUCUCCCAUGGUUCUCCUGUAAACACAACCUUCACAUACCAACCUUGACUUGCUCAGCUCAUUGUGGACGAUAAUGAGCGAGAACGGUCAGAUUGAUUAUAAGGCAAUUUCCUGUGCUCCCAACUUACAGGAGUUUUUGAUGCUAGAACAUAGGAAGCUGCCUUAUACCAAGUCAGGCUAUUGGUCUGCCUAGCUCAAUAUUGCCCACACUGGGUGGCAGCUGCUCUCCAGGGUUCCAGACAGGGAGUUUCCCCCCAUUUUGGGGUAUUCUUGCUGGUGCUUUCUGCAACAUGCCAUUGAUACAAGAAUAGUGUAAUAGUGGUGAAUUUACUGGCCUGGCCACACAUCAUUCCUCUUUAUUCUUUGCUGUGCAAUGCUCCUCCAAAAUUACUGCAUUGGUGCCUUAUGAAGAGAAGAAGCUCUUGCACCAUAGCGCAACAAAAGCAAGACAAAACCUGGAUUUUUUAUUUUGCUUGACAAACACCUUUCUUUCACUUUAAUAGUCCUCAGAUAUUUUAACAAAUAGUGCAAGAUGAGACAGCAAGCAUCCGGUGAACCAGAUCUAGGUCCUCUAACUAAUAUCAAAGCUUUUCAUCCAGAUAUUAUUAUAUUUUGUUGAAAAGAACAAUAUCAUAGAACCUCCUGAAACAUUUUGCUACAUUCCUCUUGUUUUUCCUACAGAUGUGAAGUUCCCCCCCCCCUAAAUUGAUAUUCCUGCAAUCUAGACUACAGACUAGAUAAAUCUGGAACAUCUGUGGUAUAAAAAAAAUUACAGGGCUUCAGCAGGAAGCUGUGGGCUGUGGCAGACCUACAUUUAGGGGUCCCUGAAGCAACCAGCAAUGAGGUCUGGGUGACCACUGUCAUCCUCUUCAAUGAGGUUGUUCCACGACUGCUCACCACAUAUAUAUAUAUAUAUUUAAUAUAGCUACUACAUCUUGGAUUUUUUGCUGUGCUGGAUUAUCUCACAUGGUGACAUCACUGGUGUGAAUAAUUCCCACACCUCCGUGCCUCAUAGUUUUCAAGUUAUGGGGGUAUGAAAAUUAGGAAAAUGUUAUAUACAUGCAAGAUACAUCAUGGAAUGAUGAAGUAAAACAUAGAAAAUACCCACGGUCAAUAUAAUCUUCUAUUUUAGAUGGCUAUGAAAAUACGUACUACAUGGAGCACAUUUUACGAAACUCUCUUUUUCUAACUUUUCUAGCAGCAUACAGUUUCAUCAUAUGAGAGCUUAUAAAGAAUAGCUUUGAAAAAUUCAUUUCGGCUUCACAUCUCAUGAUAGGCAUUGUCAAGUACAGCUUAAGUGCAGCAGUAAUAUUGGGCAACACUUCAGUUACGUGUUGCUCACAUAUAAGCUGAAGACCUCCUGCGCAUUGAAUUUUAGAUGGCAUCUUUUAUUCUGUGUUCUGGGUUUUCCUAAGGUGCAAAUAUUCUUUGAACUGAUAAUACCCAUUUACUAAUUUGUGGUCAAUAUCAUCUUUGUAAUAUGAUAUUAUCAGAUUUUUACUGUCCAGAUCAAUUUCAGAAUUGUUCAUCAGUUCUGAGAAGAAUUUGAAUCUUUUUUGCAAUCUGCUCAUAUGGGCCAGUCCUCUUACUUAACUGGAUUAUCAAGCAGUCGGCUACAACUCUUUUCAAUACUUCAAAAUAGUACUGUAUGGUUUUUCUCAUCUGUUCUUCAAGUUGCUGAUCCACAGUAUUUUUAUUUGACUUUUUUGUUAUCCAGCACAACAUUGCCCCCCUUCCUUAUAUUCCAUGCUGUCUUCAGGAUUUUCCAGAGUUCUGAGCAUAUUCAUCCAGUCAGAAAACCCACCUCUGAUUUUAUUUUAUUUUUAAAAAGGGGGAUACAUUAGUCACAGCAGAACAGCCAACUUACAUUGACACUCCACCUUUGCAACAUCUGUGCUGCUGACUCUCAAACUUUGGAAUUGUUGAAAUAUACACAAUAAAAAAUUAAUCAGUUUGAGUUGUGAGACUCAGAUUGGAUCUACUAGAUCCAAAACGUUUAAGCAAUGAGGACUAACAUUCCUUCUGGGGCCCUUUCAGGAUUAGAGGUCCUUAAGCUUAAGCUUAAUUAGUUUCAAAGUCGUUCUGCUCCUGGCUAUGGGGCAUGCACCAAUUUGAAAUGAAGCCGUAUGUCCAUCCUGAAACUUUUGCUGGCACAAGAACUGUUAUAAGCAAGACUAUGGCUACAUUUAAACAGUCCUGACUUUCCCCCAAAGAAUUAAGGGAGCUAUUAAGGGUGCUGAUAAUUGUUAUUCCCCUCCUAGAGCUACAAUUCCCAGAGUCCCCUGUGAAAGAGGGAUGGAUUGCUGAACCACUCUGAGAAUUGUAGUUCUUCCUGUUUAAAGUGGCAUCAUAGUGCUGUAUGUGUGUGAAUGUGGCCUGCAUAUAACCGCCCCAAUACCAUUAUGAGCAGAAAACUCACCACCGGUGUUAUAUGAAAUGCAUUUCUGGAGGGGACCCUGAUAUAAGGCUUUUUCAUCAUUGUAUAUGAGGUGGAAAUCUUCCACCUCCAGUGACAGUAGGAUUGGGCUUCAAUACGAUACGAUAAUCUUUAUUGUCAUUGUCCCAUACAGAACAACGAAAUUGAAAAAGAUCUACAUCAGACAUUCAAAAACCAACAAGCUUGCUAUCCCAGCCUGGUUAACCCUCUAAAAACUCUGAUACCCCAUAAUUAAAUAUAAUAUACUCCCACAGAGGCUACCUUACACUGCGUUUAAAACCAAAAUCGCAUUUGGAUGAAAACUGUUUCUCAGGUGGCUAGUCCUAGUCUUUAUAACCCUGUACCUUCUUCCAGAAGGCAGAAGCUGAAAGAGAUCAUUUCCAGGGUGCACACUAUCCUGCACUACCUCUGCUGCUUUCUUAUAGCACAUGGCAGCAUAGAUUUGAUCCAAGCUGGGAAGAGUGCACCCAAUUAUUCUCUCUGCAGUCUUUACAAUCCUGGACAGCAUUGUUUUUCUCCUGACUGUGCAGCUCCCAAACCACACAAACAGACCAUAGGUUAAUACACUCUCAACAGUACAAUGGCACUCCAUCCUUUUUCCAAGCGGUUGUGGCGAUUACUGCUGACAUUCGUCUUCUUUUUCAGCUGGUCUCCCUGGUGAAGAGUCAAUGUGUAACAUCUGUAUGGAAAAGACAAAAUCCCCCCUGAAUGACAUACUGAUAUGCGGGAAAUGUGGACUUGGUAAGAAGAAUGUCCUGCAAGUUCCACCACCCCUGUGUUAGGGGCUUGGGGGGGGGGGUGAGGCAGAAAAUGGCAGCAAUGAGAAUGCCCUUAUCGCUCAGCAAGCUUGCUGUAUCAUUAUUAGGUCGGCGGGAAGUCUUUUUUUUUUUUUUUUUAAAGCCCUGCUCUCCAGAUCUAAAAGGUUCCUAGAGUGGCAUGUAAGAAUAAAUAAUAAGAUGAUUCCCCCCCCCCCCCGCAACUCUCAGAUGCCCCAAUUUGCUUUUUUCCUCCUCCCUCCCAAUACCUUUUCCUUUCAUGUUAUGCACUUUAGUUUUCUUUCUAUCAAGGAGACUGGAAAGCAAGCUCCCUCCUGCUGCUCUUUGGUUGGUGGAUGGGGCCAGACUCCUUUGCCUCAAUAGGAGAGCAGCCUCCGAGUGGCCCUUAGAUGGCUGCAGCCUCCUGCUGGUGUCAAGAAGCCACCCUGGUGGACAUCUUGCAUUUCUUUCCUUUGGUCAGAGCUUGGCAGUGGCAUGCUGAGUGACAUUCCUAGGAACAUAGGAAUCUUCUUAAGCUGCUUCUUAAGCUGGUCUAUCCAGCUCAGUAUUUCCCAGUGUUGACAUUUCCUGGCAAUGGUUUUCCAGGGUUUUGGAGUCUCUCCAAACCAUACUUGGAGAUGCUGGGAAUUGAACUGAGGACCUUCUGCAUGCAAACAGGUGCUCAGCCACUGAGCUAUGGCCCUGCUACAACAUUCAUGAUCCCAGAGUAAAUGCAGGAAGGGAUUCGUCUCAAAUGUUGGUCCCUGCAAAUAACACUCUGGUGCUCAGCCUCACAGUUAGACCUCUUCCCAAAAUGUUCCCCCAGAUUUCAUGGCCCUGUUUGCAAACAGUGAAUCAAUCCACUGUGGGUUGGAUUGUUCCAAUGUUCAAGGACUGAAAAUUUCUGUUAGGUAUGUGUAUGUGUGUGUUUCAUUCUGUUGCCUGACAUUGUAGCCUAGGGGUUACAAGAGUGCAAGAAUCCUGAGAAUUAUAGUUUGCUCGUUGCAGAGCUAUAACUCCCAGCACCCUUUACAAGCUACAGUUCCCAGGAAUCUUUGGGAGGGGAGCUAUGCACUUUCAGUGUGUGGUGUGAUGGAUUCAGCCUAGUUCAACCCUGCAGAAAGUGCUCAGCCUCUUGACGUAGUUGCAAAACUUUGCCUCUCAGGUUUCCACCAGCAAUGCCAUAUCCCAGCGGUGAGCAGCGAUGAGAAUUCCUUGGAUUCAUCUUGGUUCUGUCGGAGAUGUAUCUUUGCCCUGGCUGUACGGGUGAGUGAUAGGAUUCAAGGAAUACUUUCUGUUAGCUCUCGUUUCGGGAGCAUACCAUCUCUGGGCAGAUGCUUCUUUACGGAUGCCCCUAUGUGAAAACCUAGUAAUUGCUAGUGGUGGAUUGAACCUAGUGUGCUGCCUCUGCCAGAGGACAGCCAGAAUAUUAUUAUUUUUAUAAGUCAGACCAUUGAUCCAUCCAGUUUAAGCUUUGUUUAUGCUGACACCAUUUCUUCAAGAUCUCUCUCUCUCUUUAAUUUAUGUAUUGAUACAUUUUCAGAGAUAUACAAAAUUGCAUAUCCAUCACAAAGUAUCAUGUUAUAAUAUACUGAUACAAACAGCUACUUAAUGUAUAAAAGAACGUAGGAAGAAAGACCAAAAGACAAGAAAUAGAAAACCCUAAAGAAAGAAAACAAGAGAGGAGAUUAAAAAGUAUUAGAGAAGAAAAAUUGUUUCAAACAGGGGUCUUCCUGGCCCUUCCUGGAUAUGGAAUCUUCUGCAUGCAAAGCAGGUGCUCUUGUCAAUGAAAUAAUAAUAAUAAUAAUAAUAAUAAUAAUAAUAAUUUAUUAUUUAUACCCCAUCCAUCUGGCUGAGAGUGUGCAGCAGAGAGGGCAUUUGGCGGCUUUUUAGAGGGUACUCUCCACUUACAAUUUUCAUUUAUGUUCGUGAGAGCCCAGGAUGUAACCCCCCGAUAAGUGGGGUAGUCGUCUGUAUUGUCAACGGUGACUGGCAGUGGUUGUCUUGGGGUGGAUGGGGUCUCUCCCAGCCACAACAGGAGAUUAUGGGGAUUGAACCUGGAACCCUCUGAAUGCAAGGCAGAUGCUCUUCCAACUGAUCUACAGAAUGUUUCCUCCCUCUGACUGAGUCCCACCACCGGCGGAGGAACGGGAGCAGCGGGCAGGGGGAGUGCACUGUCCCCGGCACCACUGGGGAAGGGGGUACUAUCAAGGCCGCCCCCCGGACACAUGCUGCAUACCCCACAGGCGGCAUGCUAUGCCCCUGGGACAUGUGCCAGCCACACCCCUGCCUGCUCUCCGCCCCUGGGGCCGGAGCAUGCAGCUUCACCACUGAGUCCUGCCCCCCCCCUUAUUGUCCUGAUUUACACCCAGGCCAAUGAAGACAAAUAACUGGAUUUUAAUAGUUCUUUAUUGCUGAAUCAGCCUGUUACAUCAGCUCCUUAAGACACAGGUGAUAAACGACAAUUCUUUCUACUCAGCUUUCUGAGCAAAUCUUUACUCAUAACUUGUGACAGCCACAGAAAGUUGGAGUGACACUGAAUGUUUUUCCCCAGUGGAGGCACAGAACCCCACAACUCACUGGUCCCUACCCCAGAGCCAUUCCACCAUCGGCCCACCCCAGCUUUGCUCAGCAUCCCGGCCCCUCCCUCCUGCCACCAUUCAUCCUCUAGCACCUGCCAGUCCCUGAUGCCUUUUUGUGGUCUGAACCUCUUGCUGCUUUUUGCCUCUGCAGAAUGGUGGAGCCCUGAGGAAAGGCACCAUUGCGAAGACACUGCAAAGGAUCAAGAUGGUGCUGUCCUAUAACCUGCAGGAGCUGGAAUGGGACUCUCUCCACAGAACCAAUCACCAGCAGUGUUACUGUUACUGUGGCGGCCCUGGCGAGUAAGAGAAACCGAAACGAAAACAAAGGUGGCACCCAGGAGAGGGGGGGCACGUCUGAGGAGAUGGAGCUUUCUGAAGACCUCUGACAAUAGGGAGCAAAUCUAUCCUGCCCUUUUCUUCUGUGGGGGUCUUCCUUUGGAGAUUUAAGCUCCUGAAUCAUGUGGCGGUCCACAUCUCCAGGGGUGCACAUGCAAGCUUUAAAAUGUGUGUGUCUUGCACAGCUAGCUAGCUAAAGACACUUAUCUACACCACGACUGGGAAAUGACUGGCCUGGGGUCCCAAAGCGGCCCUCCAAGCCUCUCUGUCUGGUCCUUGGGACUCUUUCCAGGCCACACCCCUUAUGGACCCUGCUUUGCACUCCCAUUGUGUUUCUUCCUGGCUGGAAUCAUAGAGUCAUAUAAUUGUAGAGUUGGAAGGGACCCUGUGUGUCAUCUAGUCAAACCCCUUGCGAUGCAGGAAACUUUUGCACAAUGUAGGGCUCAAACCCUCAACCCUGAGAUUAAGGGUCUCAUGCUCUAUCUAUCGAGCUAUGCCCACUUCAGCCUGCUUUGCAGAAAUAUAAAUCAGUUAAAUUGCAGAUGAAUAGUUGACCAGUUAAAUUAAAUAAGUUACAGCAGUUAGCAAGUUUCUUGGCUUUUAGAUGAGGCAUGUGUGUGCCACUGGCUUGGAAGAGGCAUCCCUUGCUGAUAGAUGAUAGAUAGAUAGAUAGAUAGAUAGAUUAGAUAGAUGAUAGAUGAUAGAUAGAUAGAUAGAUAGAUAGAUAGAUAGAUAGAUAUAGAUGAUAGAUAGAUGAUAGAUGAAUGCCUCUUUUAAGAUAGUGCCUACUGUCUGCAGUUUUUCUGACUUGCAUUAAAUUGGGAACACCUCAUAUAAGAGCCUUACUGGAUCAGGCCAAUGGCCCAUUUAGGCCAGCAUCCUGUUCUCACAGUGGCCUACCGGAAGGUCUAAUGGGAAGACUGCAAGGGAUGAGCACCGUCUUCAUUAAUUCAGAGUUCAAAGCAGAACUCGUGUAGCUGAACGUUGGAAGACUCAGGACAGGUAAAAGUUGCACACAGUCAAAUUCUGGAACUCACUCCCACAGAGUGCAGUGAUGCCCACCAAGUUUGAUGGCGUUAAAAGAGGAUUAGACAAGUUCACAGAGGAGAUGACUAUCAAUGGCUACUAGCCAUGAUAGCUAUUCUGUGGCCACUGUGAGAAAACAGGGUGCUGGUCUAAAUGAGCCAUUGUGCUGAUCCAGGAGGCUUUUCUUACGUUCUUCUGAGUUAAUUCAGACUUCCUCAACCUGGUGCUCUUCAGAUAUUAGACUACAACUUCCAUAAUCCUUGCCCAUUGGCCACACUAGCUGGGGCUGAUGGUAACUGGGAGUCCAACAACAACUUGAGGGUCCCAGGUUGUGGAGGACUGAUUUAAUCUAACUCACCAGUGGGGUAGUUUUUUUUCAGCCCAAAGGCCGCAAUUCCUCAUCAGCAUCCUUCUGGAAGACCCAUGCUAGUACUGUAGUGGAGGUUGGCAAACUUGAGUAGGGAAUACUCCACAGGUGUUGCGACUCUCUCCUGGUCCAACCAAGUUUCUUUCCCCUCCAGGUGGUACCUGAAGAUGCUGCAAUGUUACCGCUGCCAACAGUGGUUCCAUGAAGCCUGCACACAGUGCCUUAGCUGCCCAAUGAUGUAUGGAGACCGGUACGUCUUUCCCUCACCUUCUUUGGAUUGCUGUGUUGGGGUCCCCUUUAUGAGGGAGGCUUGGAGGAGAAUAAUAAAGGGAGAGAGAGGACCUUUCCGGUGGUGGCUACAAUCUGUGCAAUGUUCUCCUCAGCCUGGUACUUUCACUGCCAUCUUUUUUUGAGCAACACCAGGUGCAAUGCUGCUAAUCUGAGUUAAAGAACGUGUUCUGCUUGUUCAUUUAUUUGUUUUUUUAACUUUCAGGUUUUAUGUUUUCUGCUGCGCGGUGUGCAACCAGGGCCCAGAGUAUAUCAAACGUUUGUCUUUGAGAUGGUAAGGCUGAAGCAGACACUCUCAGCGUUUAUUAUUGUGAUGGAAAUCAGCUGUAUAUAAGCAGCCGUAUUUAUUUUCUAUUUUUUCAUAGAAUAUUUUAUUUGUAGUGAAAUAAAUACGGUUCCAACAAAACUUGUAGAGCAGUGGACCACCUUUGCUUGGUUCUAUAAACUCAUCCUGAGUGCUCCCCCCCACCCUGUAUAAAUCAUUAUUCAGAAAUAAUACCCCCCCACACACACUAAGGAAGACAAUAACAUAAUAUAAUUCAAACAGUAAUAAUAAAUUGCACAUUCAUUCAAAAUAAAACAAAAACUAUUUAGUUUAAUUAAUUCAACAAAACUGAUGAACUUCAUCCAGUGGUACUAGCUUUUCAAAGUUUGAUAGUCAUUUUCAUCUCCAGAGUCAUUUUCAUCUCUGCUACUGCUUCCUUGCCUCUUAAUACCCUCCUAGGUACUCCCACUGGUCCCUGUGGGGGUGGCACUACUCACUUUUGGGAACCCCUGCUACAGAGUGUGACAUGCUUAUAUCAUACAUACAUACAUACAUGUUGUUGUUUAGUCGUCCCCGAAUCUUCGUGAUCCCAUGGACCAGAGCACGCCAGGCACUCCUGUCUUCCACUGCCUCCCGCAGUUUGGUCAAACUCAUGCUGGUAGCUUCGAGAACACUGUCCAGCCAUCUUGUCCUCUGCCGUCCCCUUCUCCUUGUGUCCUCCAUCUUUCCCAACAUCAGGGUCUUUCUCUUCUCAUGAGGUGGCCAAAGUAUUGGAGCCUCAGCUUCAGGAUCUGUCCUUCCAGUGAGCACUCAGGGCUGAUUUCCUUCAGAAUGGAUAGGUUUGAUCUUCUUGCAGUCCAUGGGACUCUCAAGAGUCUCAUACAUUUUAUUUAUAUGCUGCCUUUCCAUAGUCAAACCAUGCUCAAUGUGCCUUGCAACAUGCAAAUAUACAUUACUGCAACAUAACAAUAGUAGUCAUAAACAGUAAAUAAAAUAUCAAAAAACAUAAAUCACAAGAUCUUAAAAAAAGAUACAAAAAACCCCUGUUCACCUGCCCUCCCAGGCCAGGUGGAAAAGACCUGCAAGGCAAUAGCAUAUAAGAAGAAAAAUGAUCAGGGACACUGUCCAAUAACUAGAUCAUUGAAUGCAUUGCCAAGACUUCAGCUGUCUGUGAAAUGGCCUCCUCAUAAGUAAGCAUGAGCAGCCAGAGAUCUACAUUAACUCCACUUCUAUUUACAUUGUUGAUUUACAGGCACUUAUCGAAAUGACCAUGUUUAGUAUGAACUCUAACAAUCCUUCUGUGUUGCGUUAGGUGCUUGGAAAGUGCCAAGGUGUCAGAGAUGUCCUUUGGAGUCUUUCUAAUGGGAGGCAAUCUGUAAACUGGUAGCGGCAAAGAACGUGGCAAUUAUGCAAGGAGCAAUAUCUCCACUGCAUUUAGGGAUGAGGGAGAAAUUCGAUUCAGGUCUUGCUUAAAGGUGAACCUACCUAAUCCAUGCUUCCCAAAACAAAAUGGGAAGUGAAACACUGCCACCUUCAGAAUUUGCUCUGCUCUGAAAUUUGCAAUGCUGCUCUCCAGCCAGGUAAUGUGUACGAGAAUUCAUAUGCUGGAAUAAAAGCAUGGUUAAGAAUGCACAUGUAAGUGAAAAUAGACUCCUGGAGCUACAAUCUCUCUGGGAAUAGAGGUUGACUGCUAAACCACCCUGGAAGUUGUAGCUCUGUGAGAGGAAUGGGGGCCGGCUAAUAAAGCUCAGCGGCCUCAACAAACGCCCAGGAUUCUUUGGCGGAAGCCAGUGGCGUAGCGUGGGUUGUCAGCACCCGGGGCAAGGCAAGUAAUUUGCGCCCCCUAACCCCUAACCUGCCGCCGCUGCCAGCUUCUUCUUGCCGCUGCCUGGUCUGGUCUGGUGUAGUUCUCUCCCGUGCUCAGCGCUGCGCUGGGCGGCCGCUGCACUGUCCCUCCCCCAGAUAGUCCCUCGCUCUCUCUCCGCACCGCACGCCUGGCACCCACCCCCUCCACAGUGGGCGGCGACCCAGCGGCUCGGAUCGGAUUCGCACAGCCAGCACUGCAGUGAGAGAGAGUGAGUGAGCCAGGUAGGGGCAGAGAGCUGCGAGUGCGAGCGCGCCCCACAGAUGUUGCGCCCGGUGCGGCCGGCCCCCCCUGCACCCCCCACGCUACGCCACUGGUGGAAGCCAUAACUGUUUAAAGUGGUAUCACUGGGCUUUAAAUCUAUGGUGUUAAUGUGGCUAUAGUCUAAUAUCCGCCAUAGUAUUUAUGCAAGCAAAAUCAGGACGAAUGCUCUGUGACCAGAUCUUCUGCAGGAAGCCUUGGUCAUUCUGUUUCCUUUUACCAUGCACAGGGUGGAUCUCGUGCAUCUUGUACUCUACAACCUGGGUGUCCAAAGUAAAAAGAAAUACUUUGACUUUGAUGAAAUCUUGACCUUUGUCAAUCAGCGCUGGAACCUUCUGCAGCUUGGGAAGGUAAGUGGCUUGGCUGUCGAACCAGUAAAAGCAGGGCCAUGGAACUGGUAGCCUGGCAGAUGUUGCUGGACUACAGCUUCAAUAACCCCUGAACUUUGGGCAUGCUGGCUGAGGUUGAUGGGAGUUAGAACCCAGUGACAAUCUGGACGGUCGAAGUUUUCCACUUCUGCAUUGAAAGGAGGAGGGUGACAGAGUCAUUGAGAACUUUGCUCUGUUCCAUUUACAACUUCAAAGCUGGAACUUGGGCUCCACCUUGUGGUCAUAAUCGGAAUGUUCACUGGUAUAAGUAUAUAUGUUGCCAUUUCAAUUUAAAAUAAACACAGUUUGAAUAAAAAAUAGUAAAUAACAGUAAAUGCUAAAUUAAUAUUUUUGGGAAACGAGGAGCUGUGUGCUGUUCAGGAAUUCAGAAUCUCAGCCUUUUUUUUUUUUAAGUUGCUAGCCCUCAAGGAACCAAAGAAUAAUGUUUGGCCACGCUUCAAGAAACCGCAGAAGCCACUUGCAAUACCUCUGCCCCUUUCAGCUUCCAAUGUAGAGACAUUUUCAAGCCCAGUCCCUGACAUUUCCAAGUAAGAUUGAGGAAGACUUCUGUCUGAAACCCUGGAGGGCUGAUGGCACUCAGUAUCAUACUGAGCUAGAUGGGUCAAUUGUCUGACUCUUCAUAAGGCAGCUUCCCAUAGCCAUGAGGUGGAGCCAGGAGGGGGCUUGUGCAAAGCCUUGCGUGCCCUCCCCUUAGCAAUAUUAAACUUUUAUUUAUUUUUUAAAUUAAAAUAGUAAGGCUUCAAAUGAGCUAAUAAAAUAUCACAACCAGGCUGGCUUAUUUUUUGGGCUUCAGUAGGACUUAGGCUGCACCAGCGCUUUUUUCCUAGGAAAAAAAGUUCCAGUACCUACCAGCAAGCUGGGGGAGGGGUGUGGGGUGAUGCCAAGGCUGGGCCGUAAGGGCAGAUUAGCUGCUUGAUGCUCCCUUGCCCUCCUGCCCAACUACCAGGGUGCUGCCACCCAAGUGAAGAGACCUCCCCUGCCUGGCUUUGGGUAGGAGGCAGUAGAGUUCCAGGGUCUUGUCACAGCAUCAUGCCUCCUUCCCUAAGCUGGGCAAAUGCUUCCCGGGCUUGGGGAAGGAGUUGUGAUGCUCUGACAGGGUCCGAGAGUCCUCCCGCCUCCUUACACCCCCCAAAAGCGAUGGUAAUGGUAAAGGUAAAGGUAAAGGGACCUCUGACCAUUAGGUCCAUUUGUGGCCGACUCUGGGGUUGCGGCGCUCAUCUCGCUUUACUGGCCGAGGGAGCCGGUGUACAGCUUCCGGGUCAUGUGGCCAGCAUGACUAAGCCGCUUCUGGCGAAGCAGAGCAGCGCACGGAAACACCGUUAACCUUCCCGCCGGAGUGGUACCUAUUUAUCUACUUGCACUUUGAUGUGCUUUCAAACUGCUAGGUUGGCAGGAGCAGGGACCGAGCAACGGGAGCUCCCCCCUGUCACAGGGAUUUGAACUGCCGACCUUCUGAUUGGCAAGUCUUAGGCUCUGUGGUUUAACCCACAGCGUCACCCGCGUCCCAAAGGUGGUGGUACUGCAUGCCAUUGCCCCCCCCCCAAAGAUCACUGGUUCUAACCAUGUUUACUCAGAAGACUUCCCAGAUAUGUAGGGUUAGGACUGCAUCCUUAGUCACGAUCAACUUUAACUGGGUUGGGGCCUAAAACUCUUGGAUUUUUACUUUCAUCCAGAUUUUGUGGGCUGCCAGGUCCCCUCAGCCCCACUGCCCAACAUGGCCAAUGAUCAAGGAUGAUGGGGACCCACAGAGCCCCUCAUCCCUGACAGCUUUCUGGUGCUGGCCCUGGUCCUAAGAAUUCCCUCCCGAGGAACAUAGAGAGCUGCCUUCUUCUGCUUCAAACCAAUGGUCCAUCUAGCUCACCACUGUAUACACUGACUGGGAACAAUUCUCUGGGGUUUCAGACGCGGAGAGGCCAGGGAUUGAACUUCCAACCUUCUGUAUUCAAGGAAGCUGCUCUUCCACCAGCGUGCAUUUGGCCCCUUUAAAUGGGCCUUUUCUUUGUUCCAGUCUGCUUCUAAUUGAUGAUGCAGGUCCCUGUUUUUAAACUAGCAGCUGCUUUUUUGUUUUAUAAAUUACUCCGAACUGUCUGAAAUGUUUUAUGUAGGCUGCUGGUCUGGAACAGGUUGUUUGUACUUUGCUGUCUGAGUUUUAAUACUUGUGUUUUUAUGUUUUAAAUGUUAUGAUGCAGUUUGAGGAAGGCUGCUUUGAGAGGGCUUCUGACCCUUUAAAACAUCAUUUAAAAAGAAAUUGAAAAUAACUAAGUAAGUUCUUCCUCUCAGCUGAAGAACACCCCCGUGGCAGAGAGAGCCGAACACCUCCUUAACGCACUAAACAGCUACAAAAGCAGGUAAGAGUAAUAAAAGGGCUGCUUCUCCACAUCACUUUUAUUGUGUUCCCUGUAAUCAACAUCUUUUGGAAAGCCAUUCCUGAUGUCAGUUUCCAUUUGGUUGACCUGGAAGCCGGAGUUUGGAAUGGGAAAAGGUGAGAUUGCCAUCGCACGGAACCUGACAAAAGUCUCGGAAAACCAUUUUCCAAAAUGCUGCCGAACCUGCAAGCGAAAAGCUUUUAAUUAAAAGCACAGUAGACAUUACAAGUGCUAAAAACAUUUUUGCCAAUCUGCAACCAGGCAGGGUGGCUUUUAGAAUUGCAUUUUCUGGGGGUGGGGUGGGGUGGUGGAAUCAAUACCAAUUGAAAAACCAAUACCAAACUUUACUGUCUGCUGCCUUUCAGAUUUCUGAGUGGGAAGGAAAUCAAGAAGAAGAAAUGCAUUUUCCGACUGCGGGUCCGGGUCCCCCCAAGCCCACCAGACAAACUCUUGCCAGGGAAGGUCCCAGGGCCAGCCGAUGCUAAACCUCCUGAGCCGAAGGAAACAGAGAACCCCAAGGAUACAGAAAACUGCAGGUCUGCACUUGAGCAGGGUGAUGCUUGUGACCAGAACUGUUUCUCAUACAUUUUUGUAUCUCACCCUUCCUUCAGGGAGCCUUCUGAAAGACUCCUUGAGGUAGGCUAGGCUGAGAGAUGACCAGUAGCCCAGGGUCACCCAGUGAGUUUUGUGGCCCAAGAGGGAUUUGCAUCCACCUUGUCUAAGUCUAGUACUCUUAACCACUACACCAUAGGUAAAGGUAAAGGUACCCCUGUCCGUACAGGCCAGUCUUGACAGACUCUAGGGUUGUGCGCCCAUCUCACUCAAGAGGCCGGGGGCCAGCGCUAUCCGGAGACACUUCCGGGUCACGUGGCCAGCGUGACAAAGCCGCAUCUGGCGAGCCAGCGCAGCACACGGAAACGCUGUUUACCUUCCCGCCAGUAAGCGGUCCCUAUUUAUCUACUUGCACCCGGGGGUGCUUUCGAACUGCUAGGUUGGCAGGCACUGGGACCAAGCGACGGGAGCGCACCCCGCCGUGGGGAUUUGAACCGCCGACCUUUCGAUCGGCAAGCCCUAGGCGCUGAGGCUUUUACCCACAGCGCCACCCGCGUCCCUACUACACCAUACUUCCAGGCAACAGAAUGAGUAAGCCAGCCAGCCAUCCCUCCCUCUCCCCCGCCUCCCAAAAUCUAGCAGGAUGUUUUGUUCUGCGUAAAAAUAUUUAUAUACUGCUGUUCAUUAAAAGCUUUCAACAAUUGCACAGAAAACCAUACAGUAAAAAUAUUUAACAGGUUCACUGCUGGCUAGCGGGACCAGAAAAUUUGUGGACCAUUUUGUAACUGUGAAGCCAAGCGGUGGAUAACCACUUUGCAGGGACCAAUGUAUGAGGUGACUAGGACUGGGUAAUAUCUGGUUUACAGCUAAAUAUGGCAAUAUAUCACAAUGUUAGAAAUAAGGUGAGGAAGCAUCAGCAGAGAUACAUCACUUAGCCCUACCAGAGGAGAGAUGGGGGGUUUCUUUAAAUGAGUGAGCCCCCUUGUCGCUCUUGCUCACAUGAGCCGGGGGUUGGGCCUUCUUUAAAAUGGGAGAGCAUAAUUGGGGGGGGAGAGAGAGAGACAGAAAAGUGUGCAUCCCACCCUCUGCAAAAGAGGAGAAGCAAAGGGUAUGGACACGAGGGAAAGAGAGGGAGAGAAGGGAAGGAGGGAAGGAGGGAAGGAGGAAGGGAACUUGGGAAAGAAGAGGCUUAAACAACAGGGCAAGGUUUAUUUCAUUGUUUUUUGAAUUCAGAAUAACCCCAUGGGGAAAAAGAGGCUUCCAGCACCUGCCAGCCUGCUUGCAAGAGAAUCUCAUGGCAUUGUAGCCAGAGGAAAGUUCCUGGUCUGUGCCUGUGUUGUGGUUUGCUGCCAUCUGCAGGAUCUAACAGGAAGAGCAACAGACAAAAGCGUUCUCUGGCUUUGAGCAGUUUAUAUUAUAGUCAGGGCAAAUAUUCUGAACCAGUGAUUACGAUGUGGAUUUCAAACCAGUCCUCACUUAUCUAUCCCCAUAUUGCCCAGGCCUACAGGUGCCCCUUUCCCUGUGUUUACUCUAGGAUCAUGAAUGUCAGAGAAAGGCCAUAGCUUAGUGGCAGAGCACCUGCUUUGCAUGCAGAAGGUCCCAGGUUCAAUCCUUGCCAUCUCCAGGUUGGGCUGGGAGAUAUAAUAAUAAUAAUAAUAAUAAUAAUAUAAAUAAAUAAAUAAAUUAUUUUUAUUUAUAUCCCGCCCUCCCCAGCCAGAGCUGGGCUCAGGGCGGCUAACACUAGUAAAAUGAAUAAAAACACAAUAGGAAAAAACCCCAAUUUAAAAUACAGGUUAAAAUGCAAUUUUAAAUUCAGCCUCAUUUUAAAAGUAGCCCAUAAAUCAAAACCGUAAGGGGAGGGAAACAUAAGGGUCAGACUGAGUCCAAACCAAAGGCCAGGUGGAACAGCUCUGUCUUGCAGGCCCUGUGGAAAGAUGUCAAGUCCCGCAGGGCCCUAGUCUCUUGUGACAGAGACUCCAUGUCUGAAACCCUGGAGAGCCACUGCCAGUCAGUGUCGAUCAGAGAUCAGCGACUGGUGCUGCUCCCAAGUAUUGUUGGACUUUGACUCCCCUUAGCGCUACCCAGCAUGACUAAUGGACAAGGAUGAUGGGAGUUGGAGUCCCACAACAUCUGGAGAGCCGACAUUGGUGCUUCCUCUGUCACUAUGAAUAGCUAUUACCCUCUGGUUCCAAACUUAGAAUCCCUUUAUGUGUAUUCAGUCAUCAGCAUCAUUACUGAUGUCUUUUUAAUCUUACUAAUUAUAUUUCUUACCUGCCUUUUGCCAUAAGGUCCCAGGGUGGGCUACAGCAAUUUAAAAAACACAAUAGUAUUUUUGCUAUUGCAAAUUACAGUCACAACAGUAGGGUGCAUCCUAUAUAUAUUUUGAAGGCCAUUCAGCAUAUGAUGGAAACUAUGUAAUGAAGGUUUCAGCUGCACCUCUGUGGGGAGGGAAUUCCACAACUCAGGGGCUGUUGCAAAGAAGGCCCUCUCUGAACUUCUGAGGGUGGUGGAAGUACUAAAAAGGUCCUCUGCCUGUUGGUCAGAGCAGCUGCAAGGAUCUGUAGGGAAGGAGGUUAUUUGGAUAUGCAGAGAAGGAAUGGUGCAAAUCUUGCCAUUUUGCCCAGCUAUUAUGGAGGUGAAAAAUGAGAAUGCAACCAGCAAGGGAAAGGAAAACAAAAAACUUUACAUCAAAAGUAUAUUAAUCUGUCAAUUCUUCCAAUAUUGUUUUUCCACAGUUCGACACCGCACAAUGUACAGAUGAAGAAGAAGAAGAAGAAGAAGGGGAAAAAGGGGAAAAAGUUCCUCUUGGAUGAUGCGAUUCCCAGUGUUAGUUUCUUUAUUUUUAUUUUUUGAAGAAAAGAAACUGCCCCUCACUCAGCUCCCCAUGUGGUUCUUUGUAGAUUUCCUGAUUUACUCAAACCAGAGUGGUUGAUUAAUGGUUUUCUUCUUAGCAGCAGCUGAUGUUCUUGGGCUGUUCACGGUGCCAGUUAGACAUGCCCUUUUCCAAAGCACCUCGCUGCAUUUCCACACCAACCUUGCCCUGCUUCCAUAGUCAGUCAGCAUCCUAUGACCAUUGAGCAUGCUCAGUCCUCAUUAUACUUUAGCAUUCCGCAUAAAAACAAGUGGAACCUGCAGUAAAAUGUUGCAGUGUGGAGUGCUUCUGUUCAGUGUUCCAGUUACUCUGUUCAAUUUCUUUUCUUAUUUGGUGUUCCAUUCCCCUUGCCUUCCAGCACUCAGGCAUCAUUCCAUACCUACUCAGCAUGCUUUCUCACUGAGCUGUUUAUGGGUUCCUCUUAAGAUUCCCUCUUACCCAAUAUUUUUCAUACUUCUUCAAAUAUUUCAGGUUCCCCUGAGCUUGCUGUUAUCUCCCUCUUGUGCUGUUUUGGGCAUGUAAAGAUCAGUGCUCAGAGAAUGAGCUUGCUAUUAUUAGCAUACGGGACAGCGCCACCCCUUUGCCUGGCACAGUGCAGAAUGGUGACAAGUCAUCUCCCUGCCUCGAGGAGCUUACAGUCUAAAAUUUGACACUGGAGAUGACAGAGGGAGGGGGCGGAAGCAGGAUAAGCAAGGGUGAACGGGAAGAACAUGUGUUUGGUUUGAUUGCACGUAUGUGAGAUGUGUUUCAGAAUGGGAUCGGGGCUUGUGUGCUUGCACCAAUGGCUUCACAAGGGGGGGGGGCUGAGGAACAAUUUUAGGGGAGGCAGAGGCUUCAGAGCAGCAGUUGGCUUGCUUCUGUUUCAGGCUAUUUAAACCUGCUGUUAAGGCACAAAGGGUGGAGGAAUCUAGCCGAGAAAGAGAGAGAGCUGACCUUUGGCCAUGCUAUACUGCUUGAGCACUGGUCAGGAACCUUUGGCUUGUGGGCCUAAUCAGGCCCACCAGCUCUCUCCCCCACCCCCAUUUGACCCAGCAGGCCAUUCCAGCUCAGCUCUGUGCACCUGAUACUGCAAGCAGUGUCAGGUGUGAGGGCAAAUAAAGCCAUGGCUGGGUCAAAAGGGGGUGGGUUGCAAGCACCCACAAAGUUCCAUGCAUGGUGCUUUGCAUGCUUUGCAACCAAUCAGAUGGUUAGUGUUUGCAAAGCUCUGGAAGGGCUGACUGUCAGCUGUUUGGUGGCAAUUUCAAAACACCAUGCCUUUGAUCAUGUACACGCACAAAAAGGCACACCUGAUGUCACUAAGACAUCUGGAUUGGCAAGUGGGCAGCCCCAUCCAUCUGUUAAAAUUAGCCCAUGGAGUGAGAGAUAUAAGCGUCCUGUCUGUCAUUGAAAUCAGACUCCCCACCUCUCUGCUUGAUAAUAUCUGUAUAUAUUUGUAAUGGAGGUUUCUGUUUUGUCAUCGUUCUGUUCUUCACAUUCUGACUCUCAGACUGAUUUUGCCUCUGCUUGGAGCACAAACCAUCACCUGGCGAGCAUCUUUGACUUCAAUGUGGACGAAAUGCAGAGCUCGAAAAGGUAACAGUUGUCUGCUACAGGACCAGGCGAGGCUUGGAGCAAGGCUAAUGGAAGGCGGGGGGAGGCAUAGCCCAGGGGAAGACCACAUGCUUUGCUUUUAUUUACUUUUUAAACUUAUAUUCUAGCCUUCCUCCCAAAGGAGCCUAGGGCAGAAAAUAGAUCCACAAUUUAAAAGCAAUUCCCACCCCCCAAAAAAGUUAAAACGUGCAUAAAACAAUUGCAGUUCAAAAUACCCCAGAAGCAUUUAUGAUUAAAAACGUUGUUCCUGGGUACCCAAGAAGAGUAUGAUUGAUGCCUGCGUAUGCCACCAAAUGCCUAGAUAAGCAUGAAUGUUUUCAAAUUCCUUCUGGAAGUUGAUAAUGAUGGAAACAGGUGCAUAUCUUGCAGGAAGGUUUUCCACAAAUGGGGGGGAGGGAGAGAGAGAGGUCCAUUCCCAGGUGAAAACUUGGCAAAGCAAGGUUUACAGACACUUGUUCAGAAGCACUCUUUUAUAUGAUGAUGACAUACGCUGUGUGACAGAGCCUCUGCUUAAGCUGUUGCUCAGUGCAGUUUGACUGUUUCCCUGCUCACGCUUUCAUGCUUUUUCCCCAGCGGAAGCUCGAGCCAUAAUUUCUUUUCUGAUGUGGAUACGGCGACGGAUGCUGCCAGUACUUCAGGUUCAGCCGCAACCAGCCUGUCCUAUGAAACAAGGUGGGAGGCCAGGGGCUAUCUUCUGUUUUCGUUUUUGCGUUCAGUGUGGGCUGUCUGCUAUUUACUUUAAAGAUGGCGCUUGACACCUGCUGUUUUUAUAAGCACAUCUAUCUGCCCAUCAAAAUGCAACAUGUAUAUGUACUUACUUAAGAGUUACGCACUUACUUAAGUGGGACUCGUAAUUUGGAAUGGUUUUUAAUUGAUCCAUUUAACAUGCAAAUGGGAAUCCUGUGGCCCUCCAGAUACUUAUAUGUAUUUAUUUGUAGAAGUAUUUCUAGACCACUAUUCUUGAAAACAUAUCGGAGCAGUUAACAACAGCCAUACAUAAAACCAUGUAAAAAAGACCAUAUAACAGUUUUUAAAUGGGGGAUCAGCUAAUUAUUAUGGAAAGAUGUGUUCUAAAUUUGGAGGGGUGAUGGGAGCUGUAGUCCAUCUGGCGGCCCACAGAGUCCCCAUCUCUGUUCCAAACCAUCUGUCAGCUAAACAACCACAGCCGUAACUUAACAAUAUUAUUCCCCUUCCUCCCCUCCCCCUCCCCUUUUUAUGAAGAUUACCCGCUCUGGGAUCCCACAGCUAAUUCUCCCCUGGUCUCCUCACUGGACCAAAUAGGACUAAUUUAGCCAGCUAGCCCUGGUGAUCAUCUAAUGUUUAUUGGAUGGAUUUUUGAAUUCUAAAUUUAUUGUUAUUCACGUUUUAUACUGUAUUUUAUGCUGUUUUUUUUGUUGCAUCAAUUAAGUGUUUUAAAUUUGUUGUUAGCCGCCCUGAGCCCGGUUUUCUGAACCGGGAAGGGUGGGGUAUAAAUAAAAAAUUAUUAUUAUUAUUUUAAUAAUAUUAUUACAUAUUACCUAGAAGGACCCUGGGCAGCCGGAAGCGUAAGAUGACAUGCAGAAGCUACACAACUAUUGAGACGAAGCAGAAAUGUGCAGAGGGCCCCCAGAAGGUCACACCUGGCUGCUCCUCAGAAGAAAGUGAGGCAACCGGGGGCCCAGAUCGCCCAGAGAACCCCACCCAGGGUCAUGCUUUCGGGAGCCUGGGUGAAGGCAACUCAUCGUCCUACCUCAGAUCAUCAAUCAACAACUAUUUUGGCGCUGCUGGCAGGAUGGUGUGUGGGGAGAAGUACAAAGUGUUAGCCCGUAGGGUGAACCUAGAUGGCAAAGUUGAGUACCUGAUAGAAUGGGAGGGCAGUACCCCCUACUGA